AUGACUUUAAACUUGGAUUUCUUAUGUAUUAAUCUUUUUUUUUUUUCCUCUCCUUAUAGGUAUCCUCUCACAAAUUACACGUUUGGUACCAAGGAGCCCCUUUAUGAGAAGGACAGCUCAGUGGCAGCUCGGUUUCAACGCAUGAGGGAAGAGUUUGACAAGAUUGGCAUGAGGCGGACGGUGGAAGGGGUUCUGAUUGUGCACGAGCAUCGGCUGCCCCAUGUCUUGUUACUGCAGCUGGGUACCACAUUUUUCAAGCUACCUGGUGGUGAGCUCAAUCCAGGGGAAGAUGAGGUAGAAGGGCUCAAACGCUUAAUGACAGAGAUACUGGGACGCCAAGAUGGUGUUCAGCAAGACUGGGUAAUUGAUGACUGCAUUGGUAACUGGUGGAGACCAAACUUUGAACCUCCACAGUACCCCUAUAUCCCAGCUCAUAUUACAAAACCAAAAGAGCACAAAAAACUUUUCUUGGUGCAGCUUCAGGAAAAGGCUUUGUUUGCAGUCCCCAAAAAUUAUAAGCUGGUAGCAGCACCAUUGUUCGAGCUGUAUGACAAUGCACCAGGAUAUGGACCCAUAAUUUCCAGCCUUCCUCAGCUUCUGAGCAGGUUCAACUUUAUUUACAAUUGACUUCCUCUACACCUGAACAGUGUGAUACAAGAAGCCGUCUCUGUGAGCACAGCUUUAAAAAAAACGUGGAGAAAAGAAUACAUGUGACGCAAAGAUUUUUUUUUUAUGUCGUUCUUUUUUGCUGAAGGCCACUAAACUUUCUAUUGUCUGGAUAGAGAAGCGAACCCCGACCUUUUAGAUAGUGGGAUGGCAACGUGAUAUCAGUGUUUUAAUCACUUUUCAUUGUAAGACCCGAUUUUUUUUGUACAACAUUAAAACAAAAUGGAUCAGA